AAUAUGUGAAUAAAGCAUUAAAAAACUUAUUUUAUUAGGUUAAGCACUAGUUAUUUUUUUACUUGUCUCAUUUGCAGUUGUAUAUUUAUAUAUAUUUAAUUUGAAAAAUAUGGAAUGGAAAUUUUUUUUUUGUAUAUAUGGUAACCUCUAAAUAAAUGAAGUUAUUUUAAAAGAAUAAACCAUGUUUUCUGAUGACACAGUGUAUGUUGGUUUUCUGGUUAUUUCAUUUCUAUUUAGUUUUUUAUUUAGAAAAGUUAAACACAAAAAUUUAAAGCAAUGGAUUUCAACUUUAUUUGGAAUAUCUAUUGUUUUAGCUGUAUCAGGUUUCCAUAUUUUCCAUCCUAUAAUUUGUGUUCUAGUCAAUAGUGUAUUGAUUAAAUUUGAUAGAAGGCGGUGUCACAUUUUUAGUUUUAUUUUCAAUUUUGUAUAUUUGGUAUUCUUCAGAACAAUUACACAUUUUGGAUUACCUUAUCCACCAGCUCAUACAAACUUAAUUCAAAUGAUGUUAACUUUAAAGUUGGUUGGUCUUUCAUUUGAAGUUCAUGAUAGUUACCAAAUACUACUUGAAACAAAAAAUAAAGAUGUUGAUGCAAAAAAGUAUUUUAAAAUUAUUGAUGAGCCUAAAAUAUUGGAAGUAUUCCAUUAUUGUUUUUGCUAUAUAGGUGUAUUAACUGGACCAUACAUAAGUUAUCGUACAUAUUGGGAUUUUUUUAAUCGACAAUAUUGGCAAAAAGCAGCUUAUUCUAAUUUAAUAUGGACAAAAUUAAAAAUUAUUCCUACAUUAAUAUUCUGUUAUUUUACAACUAUGUGGUUAUUUCCAUUGAGUGAAUUUAAAAAUGACUCGUUUUAUACACAUUCUUCCUUCAUCUACCGAAUUUGGUAUAUGUAUACAUCAUUCUUCAUUUUUCGCACACGAAUAUAUUUAGGUUUCAUAUUUUCUGAAUUGAUCUGUAUUGCUUCUGGUAUGGGUGCAUAUCCUGAAUCAACUGAUCCGCAACCAGGAUGUGGACCGACAAGAAAUUUUGAAUCAUUAGAGAAGUCAUCUGCUAUAAAAGAAGAUUAUAGUUUUGAAUGCAUCAAAAGUAUAGAUAUAAUGAAAGUAGAAACAAUUUCAACUGUCCGUGGAGCUACUAGAAUAUGGAAUAUGACUGUGCAAUAUUGGUUUGCAGCAUAUGUUUACUCUAGAUUUCCUAAAAAUAAAUUAAGAACACUGGCUGCAUUUAGUAUGUCAGCCUUUUGGCAUGGAAUAUAUACAGGAUAUUAUGUAAGCUUAUGUACUGUUCCAUUAUACUUAAUUGUUGAAGAUAUUUAUGAUAGAAGACAUAGAGAUUAUGCUGAUUCUGCUGGAAAACGCAUAUUAUGGACUGUGUUUUUAUACAUCAUGAAAAUGUUCCAGUUUUCAUUUUGGGGAUGCAAUUUUCAAUUAUUACAUAUUGAUAUUAUCUUGAAAUACUGCCAGUCUAUUUACUUUCUUCCCUAUGUUGUUAUAGCUAUGAUGUAUACGUUUACAAGUUAUACCAAUUUGCAGUCCAGUUGACCAAAUUUUGUAAGGGCUAAUCUAGUAAAUAUUAGAGAGUUCCUUAUGUGAUUGUAUGCUUGUUAUUUUUUUUCUUUAUCUUAUAAACUUAUGGUUAAGUAUACCUUAAUUAAAAAAUUUAAAUUGUUUAAUUUUAUUUUACAAUUAUAAUAACUGGCUCUCUAUAUGAUUACUGCUUUUUAUAAUUGCAAAUUAUUUAAUGCUUAAAAAUAAUACAUCUUAAUACUGUAUUGGUAUUUAUGCUAUCACCUUUACCAAAAUUAUUAUUUAUUAAUUGUUAAAGUCAUAUAUCAUUAUUAUACUCAUAUAAUAAUGAUAAUCUCUUAAAUUAAAUAUUAGAUAAAAUGUAUUCCAGAUCUGAAAAAUAAUAUACUGUGUCAUACAAAUAAAUAAUUUCCAAAUAUUUGUGUCUACCUAUUAAUUUUAAGAAAUUACUCCAAAUUAGUAUAGUGUGUAUUUGUGAUAAUUUGAAUCAUUGAGCCGAAAAAAUAGUAAAAGUUAUGAUGUUCAAGUACUAUGACUUAAGUAAAUUAUAAAUUAUUUUUAAUACUAUUUAAAUCAGUAAGAUGAUAAUUAAUUCAGUUUCAUUCUUUUAAUUUUUUUAUAAAAAUUAUUUUAUGAAAUUAUUGAUUAAAUCUUCUCUGAGAAUAAUAAAAAUUUUUUCUAUAAUUACACUGAAAAUAACU